AUGAAGCUGGCCAUUCAAUGCCUUCUUUUGUUUCUGUUUGGCUUCGUUUUAGAAAGAGCAUUUGGAUGCAAAAAGGUAAGCUGUAAAUGCCACAGACGCAAGUAAUUUUUUGCUAAAAUUAUACCCCCCCCCCCCCGUUAUUCCCACCGGCCUCGUUCCGCCGCCUAUGGUCUGAAGAGGGUGAACUAUACUGUCCGAGUUUUAUAUUGCUAAAUUUGGGUUAACGUUAUUUAUAAAAAAUCUCAAAAUAAUAUAUAUGUGGGGAUAAAGAUGGUGCCCACAAAUUCCCAGUCUCCUUUUUUAUCAAUUCGAGUAUCGCAGCCAUUUUUCCAAAUCCCACUUUCAACUUCAAACUUUAAAGAAUCUCCCUGAGCUGACGUGUUUCGCAUUUAAAUUUGUCUGCUGACUUUUAAAACACAGUAUUCUACUUUCAAUAGCUGUCUUCAGAAUACGACAUAAAAGGUUAAAGUCAAUACCUGUCAUGCAUUAUUUGUCGCAUACCAUACAUAUAUACUAACGGCAAACAACGCCGAGCCCGCUGCUCAACAGGAUUGAACAAUGUUUUGCUGCCCAUGUUGUUCACAGUUGUCGACAAUAUUGAACAAUAUUGUUGAGCCUGAAUCGGGUGUAACAAUAUUGUUCAAUGCUGUUGAAAACUGUGAACAAUGUGGGCAGCAAAGCAUUAUUCAAUCUUGUUUUCAUCGAUAUUGCAACCUGAUCGUUUUUUUGCCGUGUGCAUAUACUAAUAAAUCAAUGACUCACAAAAGCAGAAAAAAUGACCUCGACUAUGAAAAGAGCAGAACGCAACCUUCCAGGAAGUUUUUAGACAUAUACUACAUAUCUGAAUAAAGAAUUUCUCGGUAGAUUUCCUUGAAGUUUUUUAAACUCUAAAAUGUCGCUCUAAAAUUCUCUUUACAAUGCCAUUUUCGUGUCCGUUUUUGAAUUAUCAUUCACACUUUUGUGUCUGUUUUUCCCAGACCCAAUAACACGUAUGGCCGUAUCCCUUUUUUUUCAAAUCCAACAUUAGGCAAGAUAUGAUGGUCUGGAAACCCGACAAAUUUCAAAGCUAGCUAGAAAAUAGAAAUUUCCACUUUGUUUUAUUUUGAACUGUACCUCACCGUGGUCGAAUCCUUUGUGUCAACUUCAUUACGUAUUAUUCAUCGUGAUUGUACGUUUCAUCACAGCUAUCCCUAUCAGACGAUUACUUAUUUGUAGGAAAAUACAAUGAGCGCAAUCACCGUUAUAUACCGUGCACAAAUUAACAUAAACUUAGACAAAAACAUAAUACCAUGACUUCAGUUUAUAGUUUGCAGACCAUCAUAUAUUGAUAGAUCGACUAUGUCCUAUAUAUAUGGCUGAUAGGCGACUCGGUUGUACGCACCUCGUCAGCUAUCAACUCAUAUACGGAUCGAGCUCAUUAUAUAAAUGUUAAUUUGAAAUAUCACACAGCACUGUGCAGCUGACUAUGGCUCUCAGGGACUCCCAGGAAGUUCAUGCGCAGACAUUUUGAAGCAAAGAUGCGAUGAUGCUAAAGAUGGAAUAUACUGGAUUACGAUUGGUAUAACUCAAUAAAAUUAGACUACAUUGCCUCAAAAUCUAGACUAGGUUAAAUAGAUGAAUAGUUUAAUUGUGUAAUACAAUGGUAGUGACACAGCAAUUCAAUUGGGUAACUUUACAAAUAUAUAAGAAUUUAAAUACUAGUAUUUUAAAAUUACAGAAAAAUAGCCAAUAAACUUUAAUUCAAACACUCAUUAAUAAUUCAUAAGCUUAUUGGCAAAUCAUGUUAACCAUAAUAUGUCACGUGCAGUGGCUUUAAACCUGAUAAAACAUUCCUAAUUAGUAUUCUUUAUAAAAAGAAUACUAAUAAGGCAGUAUCUAUUGUAGUCGUGUCCUCAUUAGUAUGCUUUAUAUAAAGAACACUAAUAAGGCAGUUAGUCCAGCGGAAAAGUAAAAAAUCAUGCACUUUGUGAUGAAAGCACCCAAUUGACAGGAAGUGUAGACUUUAACAUGAAAAUGAAUCUUAGAUAUGGAGGCAUCGCCAAAAUUGAUGCUGACGGCUUAAAAUUUAGGAUUUCUUAUAUUCUCUUAUUAAACUCUAUUACUGUUUAAAAUUGUGAAAUUGCAGGUUCACAUAUAGCAAAAAUGACUUGCAUGAUUAGAAAGCCUACAAAAAACUACAUAUAAGACUUUUACACGGCUGAUCGAUUUUCCAAGCGGUUUUCCAGUUAUUGCUAUUUAAAAACGUGAUAAAUAGGCAAAAAUUCCGCCAAAGUUCUCGACACAAAGCAAAGUUCUCGACACAAAAAUUCGCCAAAGUUCCGCCAAAGUUCCGCCAAAAUUCGCCAAAAUUCCGCCAAAGUUCUCGACACAAAAAUUCCGCCAAAGUUCUCGUUCUAUUUCGUGAUCGUGCUCGUGCGCGGCGGGCGUGCGCCGCAGAGCUCCGUAAAAUCCUAAGGAUUUUACACUUUGUGAUUGAAGUUCUGAGUAAAAAAACUUACAAAGCAUUGGCUAAAGUCUCCUGGAUUAAAGAUAUAAGGUUUUCUUUUGAAAUUAUCGUUAUUAUUGGCUGAAUAAUUUGUUGGAUUUAACGUUGAAUUGAAGUUUCCGUUGUCUUUUCCUGCACGCGCAAACAAGGGACGGUUGAUACUGGCGAGUGCAAACGAACACGCAAUCUCGCAAGUUUAAUUGAAGAAAGUUGGAUCGCGUACGCAAACUAGAAUUGAUUAGAACAGAUUUUUCCUGAUUAUUGAACAUGAUUGCAGCCAAAUUGAGCUACUUUCUAUUCUUUUUGUGGUUAAUUUUACGUGGUUUUCAAGUCACUGAAGAAAGCAAAAUAAACUUGUUUUAUGCAUCAACGAAAGCUCUUUCACCACCGUGUUUUGUUCAAGCUCGUCGCGUGAGGAAACACAUAAACUCCCUAUCAGUUCUUCGAUUCUCAAAUGGCCUGAAAUUACUACAAAGGUCGGUUUUGCCGCUUUUGUUAAUCCUCUUGGCAAACGACGUAGAGAUGAAUCCGGGUCCAGAAAAUACACCUGAACACGUUCCACCACAACAGUUAGAUCACAACAUGCGAUGUCUUUAUUUCAACGCCCGAAGUUUAGUAAACAAAACAAUUGAAUUGCAAGCACUAGUAACUGACUUUGAUAUUGUUGCAAUAACUGAGACGUGGCUUAAUGCUGAAAUAGGGAAUUGUGAACUCCUACCCGGUCAAAAUUUUACAAUCCAUCGAAAGGAUCGAGCUGAUAGAAUUGGAGGUGGGGUUCUGUUAGCAGUGCGGAACAAUAUAUUUAACUUACGUAGAAAAGAUCUCGAAAGCGACAGCACAGAAAUGCUCGCCUGUGAAAUUCGCCCGAAAUCCAGAAAAAAACUGUUGGUUCUUGUAUUCUACAGACCGCCCAACACAAAUCUGGACUACAUCAAGCAACUUAAGAAAGCCUUAACACUUGCCUCUAAAGCAAAGUUUGAUUCUUUAAUUGUGUGUGGUGACUUCAACCUUCCACAUAUCGAUUGGUCUACCGGAGUAGCUACGAACAAUGACUCAAUUCACAAUUUCUUCACUAAAACUGUCAAAGAUAAUUACUUAUGGCAGCUAGUUGACUUUCCAACCCGAAUUAACAACACUCUGGACCUGCUUCUUACCAAUAUUCCAGAAAAAGUUAUAAACGUGCAUGGAUUCGAGGACAUUAUUAGUACAGAUCACACACUCAUAAGCUUCGAUGUCGAUUUCAAGAUUUGUAAAAAACCGAAAGUCAAGCGUUCAGUGUAUAAUUUCAAAAACGCGAAUUGGUCGGGUUUAAAACAAGUAUUAGCAAAUAUACCAUGGGAACUUGGUUUUGUUUCUGAUGAUAUUAACACAUUACUCUCCAGUUGGUGUGAGUCCUUCAUCUCUGCCGUGAAUGAUCACAUUCCCAAACGUACAUCCCGCUGCGUGUAUGACCCCCCUUGGAUUGACAAAGAACUUUUGGCUCUGCUCAAAAAAAAAAACAUUCAGCGAAAGAAAUCGCGUAAGUCGAAGAGUCCAGAAGCCAUCGCAAAAUUCAAACAGUUGCGUCGUGAAUCCAAGAUUCUUAUCGCUAAAAAGAAGAUCGAACAUGCAAACAAGAUGAAAAAUAGUGUUUUCGAAAACCCUAAACGUUUCUGGUCAUACGUGAAAUCUUCAACAAGAUCAAGCCAAAGUCCGAAUUUUCUGAGAAAUGGACAAUCAUAUAUCACAGAUAGUCGUGAGAAAGCCAACCUCUUGAACACUUUUUUCCACUCAGUUUUUAACCCCAGUAACAUUGAACCUCCUGCUUCCUUUCCAACUCCUUCCAAAACCCUUGAUAAUCAGCUAUCGGAGAUCGAACUGAUUGAAGAGGAAGUUGCUGCAGUAUUGAGUAACUUAGAUCCAAACAAGGCUAGUGGACCAGACGGUAUUCCUUGUAGAUUGUUGAAAGAAGUCGCGCACGAGAUCGCUCCCUCUUUGUGCAGAUUGUUCAACCUUUCCCUUUCCCUGGGUGUAGUGCCGUCAGAGUGGAAAUUCGCCAACAUAUCCCCUGUCUUCAAGAAAGAGGAUCCAUCGAUAGAAUCCAAUUACCGUCCUAUCUCUCUUCUAUGUGUACUAUCCAAAGUAUUGGAACGUUGUGUUUUUAACCAUUGCUACUACCACCUCUCACCCCUGUUAUACCACCUUCAACACGGGUUCUUGCGCGGACGAUCAACGGUAACGCAACUUUUGGAGGUUUAUCACAACAUCAUAGAAACCGUUGCAUCGGGAAGGGAAGUAGAUAUCAUUUACUUAGAUCUAUCUAAAGCCUUCGACAAGGUCCCACAUAGUUUACUACUUUUAAAACUGAACAGUUAUGGCAUCUCAGGAUCUCUUCUCUCGUGGUUUAGCAGCUAUCUCACGGACAGAUAUCAAAGAGUUGUUCUUGAUGGUGUUUAUUCUGGCUUCCAAUAACAUCCGGUGUCCCCCAAGGUUCCAUACUUGGUCCUCUCUUGUUCCUCGUCUACGUCAACGAUCUCCCCAGCUACAUCAAUUCCCAAUCAACCAUUGCCCUGUUUGCCGAUGACUCCAAACUUUAUAAACCCAUCAACCUUCCUGACUCAACCCUUCGCCUCCAAAACGACCUGAAUAACCUUCAUAAAUGGAGUCUCGACUGGGCGAUGAAGUUUAACAAAUCUAAAUGUCAAGCACUACGGGUCUCGAGAAAGAAGACGAAGAUUGUAUCUCAGUACUAUUUGGACGGUCAACCUCUGGAAUGUGUUCCAUACGUCAAAGAUCUUGGUGUGACUGUAUGCAGUGACAUGUCCUGGUCAAGACACAUAGAAGAAACGGUGGCCAAAGCCAACAGAACACUCGGACUUGUCAAACGAACUUGCAAGGAUACCCACGACCAAAGAGUGAGAAAAUUACUAUUCUGCGCUCUCGUGAGGCCCAUUCUAGAAUAUGCCAGCAGCUUAUGGUCACCUUAUACCAUCAAGCAUAAGAGACUAGUCGAAAAUGUCCAGCGGAGGGCAACAAAGUUUAUUCUUGACUAUCCACAGGACCUAACGUAUGCCGACAGACUCGCGAAGAUCAAGAUUCUCCCUCUUGAGUUCAGAAGAGAUAUCUCAGACUUAUGCCUACUUUUUAAAUCUAGAACUGGAGCAAUUACUACUGAUGUGAACAAAUAUAUAUGUACUUUUGAACCUGGAUACCAAUCAAGAAAUUAUGAUAAAAACAACUAUAAUCUUAUAAUUAAACACAAGCAGGACUAUUUUAGAAAUUCUUUUUUCAUUAGAACGGUUGAACUAUGGAACACUCUACCGUCUCUUGUCAAAUCCUCCAAUUCUUUAAGUAUUUUCAAGUCUCAUCUUCAUAAGUUGUAUUCUACUAAGUUAUCGCAUUACGUACCUCCGGGCACUGCGUGAUCAGCGUCUACACAUUGCGAUUUGUUGAACCAUCAUCCGGCCAUUCUCAUCAUAUUUACAAAUAUGUUAUAAAUUGACUCGUGAUUUCCAAAUUGAUUUUGAAAAUUCAUAAUAGUAAUCUGCAUAGUGGGCAAGUCGCAGUGUGUAAACGUUCAGUACUUUUAUAGUCACGAUUCAAACCUUAGCUAGUAUAAGUUGUUAUAACUAAUGUGUUAUAACCUGUUCUUUAUCUUUAUUUAUAUUUAACGUCUUUUUAGGGGUUAGGUGUCAAUUGGGACGAGAGUCCUGUUCCUUUCCCCUGUCACGAUUUGUAUCUGUCUUUAUUUGUCUUUAAUUAAUUAGUUUGUAUCGUGUAUAAAGUGACACUAGCCCUAAAACAUAUUUUCAACCGCUCAUAACUCCAGACGAGUUGGAAAAUCAAAGUAACUGCUUAAAUGUCUUAUAUACAGUGUUUUGUAAGCUUUGUAAUGACGUAUGUCAUUUUUGCUAUAUGUGAACCUGCAAUUUCGCAAUUUCGCAAUUUCACAAUUAAUAAGAGAAUAUAAGAAAACUUAAAUUUUAUGCGGUCAGCAUCAAUUUUGGUGAUGCCUCCAUAUCUAAGAUUCAUUAUCAUGUUAAAGUCUACAGUUCCUGUAAAUUUGGUGCUUUCUUCACAAAGUGCAUGAUUUUCUCUAAUAUCUGUGCAUAUCCGCUGGACUAAGUAUAUCUAUUGAAUAUGUAGUCGUGUUUGAAUCCGUUUAAUAAACUCGCAGGUCGUAAUUUAUUAGGUCUAAAGCCACUCGCGCUGCGCACUCGUGGCUUUAAACAUAAUAAAACACUCCUGUUCGUUUAUUAAACAGUACCUAAUCAGCGAUCAUAUACAAAUUAAGAUUCUUAAGUUUGUACAAUUUUUGGAAACACAUAUAUUUAUGUCUUAUCAAAGAGAUCGCUUGAGUGCACCAUGAAAAAUUAGCAUAGUGUUAGUUUUUGCUGUUGGUAUAAUUCAGUAUUAUAAGUAUUGCGUUUCCUAAUGAGUGAACGAAGGGAGAAAAGAAUGGGACUACAAGUGAUAUGACUUCGUCUUUACCGUGCUGGGGACCAGAUUUUCAAACUAGGUACCCCAUUUAAAAAAGGUCAAAUCUGGCGCCCUUCAACGGUUGUCAUAGGAACACUCUUAUUAUGAUACUCCGGUGACUUUUUAACACCUAACAUAACUAAAAAAUUAGGAAGGGUCUAUCCCCUCAGGAUUCGUAUUGGGUGGGAAUCAUAUAUUUCUCCCUUCGUUCACUGAUAUAUCCCCAAUUAUACUAUCAGGCUCAUCAACCUUUGUAUAAUUGGAAUUAUAUUUGAUGAACUCCGGUCGAAAUAUAUUAGACUACAAGUUGUAGAUUUUACGACAAAAACGCCAUAACCAACCUGAAAAUGUUAUUGACAACCUUGACAAAAAACAAAUAUCAACAUGAACCAAAAAAUACUAUUUUUCAACCUCGUUCCCAGGGCUUUUCCCUUUUUAUCAUUGGGAAGGCGGGAAAAGACAUGGCAUCGGCCGGUCACAUGACUUUCAACACCCAGAUAUAGUGGGUGUAAUAAAUUAUAACAAGACGCCUACUCGGGCGUUCACUCCGCCUGCCGGCCUGUGGAGAAAAUGGGGACAAUGUAGGGUGCGACAGAAAAGUGAAGCCAAAUAUCAGCCGAAGUGGUGACGUUUGGCUAAUGCUGACGCCACUACACGUCUUAAUUAACGCGUGCGUGGGGGUGGGGGGUGGGGGGGGGCUGAAGCUGACGUCUAAACUGGCUGUGAUGGCGUGCAAGGAGCCUGAAACUGACGUCCUAAUGUCCAAACUUUACAUUGAGUUUUCAUAAGAAAGUGCCAUAACCUAUAAGAGACAGAAAUAGGAUAUUAAUUCUGACACACCAAUUCUGUAUGGCCCAUCAUUGUAAUAAUAGAGGCUCAAAAAGCAUGUUUGAGUGGCUUGGUAGGUAUUCUGCCCAGAGUCCUAGUAGGGUUGAAUUAAAUACAUUACACAACACAUAGUAUCUAUUAAUGCAUGAGUCAAUUCCUGGAGUAACCAUCCCCCCCUCCGGGACACCCCCGGGAAUUUGCCCGAUAGACAGUUCACGGGGGUCGGGAAUUUGCCUUUCAUAUAUGUGCACGGGGGCCAGGUAUUGGAGGACCCCGGGGAUUUGACAAAUGGUUGACCAAAAUCCCACCCACAAAUUUUAAGGCAGCAAAACCUAGUUCCAGGCAUGCAUGUGGGCGCGCUGAUCGUAUUUUGCGCCCUCGUGGUCAAGGUGGCGUGAAAUUUAUUGUAAGAAUAAGCAUUAAAGGUUUAUGUUUUAUAAUAUUCCAACAUAUAACAACUAUUAAAGGUUUAUACAACAACUAUUAUACUACAAGGUUUAUACUACGAUAUAACAACUAUUAAAGGUUUAUGUUUUAUAAUAUUCCAUAGCAGUUUAGUACUCUAAUGCUAUUAAAUGACUAUGAUUAUAUGCCAUUAAAAGUUUAAUUAACGUUUACAGUCGAUUUCACGAAACUUUGACCACAAAUUUUCCGAACUUCGUUGCGAAGUUCACAAGAUUGUUGCGAAGUUCAAAAGUUCAUAAUGAGAUUCACAAACCAGUUCGUAAACUACGCAUAACGCAUUUAAUUGGCUUCUUUUACUUCAGGGACCAAUUAGGGACUUUGUUUACAACUUGGCUUGUGAUUCCAAUAUGAGCUUCCAAACUUUUCAACGAACUUCGCAACGAAGUUCGGAACAUUUUUGGCAAAGUUUUGUGAAAUCGACUAUGAAAUCGUCCCCGGGGUGAGGCAUUUUCCACUCUCAGCUUGCCCAGGGGUCGUGUAUUAGUCUUCAAGUUGUGUCCCGGCACCCGGGCAUUUACACUAUCAUAACCAAUUAAAUCAAAUGCCCAGAUGUGUUCCAGGGGGGGGGGGGGGUUACUCCUGGAAUUGACUCAUGCAUAUUAAACACACAAGGGCAGUAGAAAGAGCAAAGCAAGCAAACCCAAGCUGGCUGUGAGUUCAAGAAGCUGACGUUUCUGUUAUUUGUUAACAUGACUAUAUAUCAUAGAUUAUAUUCUUGUGUUGCAAUCAAUCCCUUGAGAAUUAAAAGAAUGUGCGAAAUUCAGUAAAAAAUAAUCUUUGUCUUAAUACUACCACAUGGCUGCCGUUUCCGGUAGUUGCGUACUAAACGUGUAUAGUAAAUUAUAAACACGACAGCUUCAAUACUACAUUUCCUAAACUCUUCAAAACAUUGAAAUAUAUUUAAUAACCCGAUAGCCUCAACACUACAUAGCCUAUUAAACUCUUCAGAACAUUGUAGGGACCUUUCACACAAGAAUAUAUUUUGCUAGUCAAGAAUAUAAGAUCGACAUUACGACAUACAGUAGGAGUGAAUAUUUAUAUUUAUGACUUUAAAGAAUUUCUUGUUGCCAAAAUGCAGCAUGUACUACCAAAAUUAGAAUGUUUAGUAUUCCUUACCUCAGUUUAGUCUGGAAGCUUUGUCUUGACAUUCAUCUUUUUAGUAUUUUUCAUCGCACAAGACCGUUUCGCAGUUCGCAGUUUAGAAAAAUACUGUAAGCAGACAGUAUCCACAAAUGUCAAUAGAAAGUAUCUAAAUAUCAUGGAAUGUACACAUUUAUCAAGGAGCCUGUUUGUGACACUGACGACAGUCGACAGUCGACAGUCGACAACCGACAACAGACUCAGGCAUUUUUAGACUCCGCACUGCGCAUGCGCAGGCGGAGUAAUAAUGAAUUAGAAAAUCCAAGAUGGCCGCCAACCUAAGAGGGUCCACAAAAUUUAAGUGCUUAGAGCGGCUUAAAAAUGCGUUUAGUUAAAAUUUUUCCUUCUUUUUGCUACCAACGUACUCGAAAUCAGAUUCUUCAGCUUUUAUUACCUGGGAACUAUGUAGUUGCUGUUCUUCCAACUGGGUUUGGUUGGAAUGGUUGGACUAUUUAUUCAUUGAUAUUUUAAACACAGAUGAAGUGUUAUAUGCUCUUUCCUUGUUUACGUUUUCCUUGCAGCCAAAUGUUGUUGAAGCUGGCAAGCUGCAAAACUGACAUAUGAGUGAUAUGACCCAAAUAUUGGAUAUGCAUCUUAGUUUGCUUCCAGUAAAGCGUAAACAAGACCUUAAGAAUUCUAUACGAGAUAAGAAAUAUUCCGUUUGAAAUCCUGACCGGCAAAUUAGCAUGUGCGAAUUGAUGCUUCCUAAUAAUAGUAUGUAUUCCAGUAAAGCUUGCUUGCUUCAAUUCUUGCUGUUACCAUCUGCACAUUAUCAGGGUGGAGAGUUGAUUUGAAUUUUUUGUCCCAGGGGAUAAAGGUAGGGAAUAGAUUUUCCAUCACAAAAGGGGCAAGGUGCCCAACCAGUUAGACAUGUACUUUAAGUGACCAUUCAUUAUACCCUAUGGUGGGGUGGGAGAUUCUUAUGUCAAAAUGUCAUGGGACCCCUUUUUAAUCUCUUAAUUUAAUAUUGGAGACCCCUCCUAAAUAUUUAAGACUAUAUAACAUGAUGAAAUUCUAAUCUUCAUUCAUGUGAAUGCCUGACUAUGAAGAAAAUACAUUUUGCAACACAGGGAUGGAUCCAGCAUGAUCUGGUAGGGAGGGGGGUGGGGCUCUGCCAGCUCUGGUGCCGAGUUGUGUUGGUCAUGUGUGCCGCCCGCCCAUCAACUUGCUUCACUACUGCAAAGUCUUGCUUUACUACUGUAUUUGAAUUGUAAUUGUUGUUCACAGCUCACUUAUCAUCAUGUUAUUACUCAAAUUACUGUAUCUCAUUUUGCCUGUAAUAAUUUUUUGCUUUAUCAUGAAAAAUAGAACCCCCUGCACCCCCUCUGGCCAGGGCUAGGGGAGUGCACAGCCCCCCCCCCCCAGUAAAUCCAUCCCUGUUGCAACAUACACUACAAGAGCUAGAAUGAUUGCUUCCUUUGGAUGAUUUGUCUUAGAAUUAUAUUACCUAUAUUACAACAAUUCUUCCUAUUCUGAAACCAGUUGCUAUUCUGUUUUUUACAACACUCACCCCCCCCCCCCCAAAAAAAAACUCAACAAAUCAAGGACCCCCUCCAAGGCAAUUUUGCCAGCAAAAUAGAUUAAAUUUGAUGGUAAUUGUUCUGAGAAUAUAUUAACUCAUUGAGUGGCAGCAUUCUGCCUAGACUUGCCACAAGUCGACCUCAAACGAAACGCAAGCAGCGAGUGUGAGCCAACGUUUCGUUCGAGGUCGACUUGUGGCAAGUCUACAUUCUGCCCUUGAGUAAAAUUGUCUGGCACCAGAUGGAGUAAUAUACUAAAGUAGGGACAUUGCCACUAUAAAGGGUUAAACAAAUUUUAAAAAAAUUUGCAAUGGUCUAUAUUCAAAAAGCUCAAUUUGUAAAUUUUAAUUGACUUUAAUUCAAUUAAUAUAACUACUUAUACUUAUAGCUACCUUGCCCCAGUCACUUCAAGUGAAUUCUACGGGAGGAGGGGGACAUUGAAAAUCCCUGGGUUUACUUGGUAAAAGCAAGAAUUGAACCAUGCAUUACAUGUAUAUGGAGAGCAGUUUUAAAUAUAUUUUAUCAUGCAAAUACCUUGAUAAUUGUUCUUAAACGUCUUUGGCUUAGAAUGGGUACACCCUCCAAAGGUGUUUAUUUACAGGGUCCAAAGGUGUAAAUAUACACUGUCCGACGUGUUAAUAUAAACAACAAAAACAAUGUAUAUAAUUAAAUUUUAUUAAAUAAAAUGUGGAAUAUUUUACAAAUUGCAUUACCAUCCCAAAGUGUACAUAAUUUAUCAAUAUAAUUAGGACUUAGAAGCUGUUCACAUGAGUUUGACUCUGACCCAGCACCCUUGGCUUAGCUCCCCUUGCCCGAUCACAAGUAGAAAACCUCCAACCCCCAGCUCUGACAAAUCAGUCCAGAUCUGCCAAGAGGCAGGAUUUUCUGGAAUAUUUUUAGCAGUGAAAUUGUUGCAUAUUUUCAAGCAUGCAUUGUAACCUGAUUUUAAAGCCUGUUGGAACAUCAGAAAUUGUGGCAAUGGCAAGAUUGUCCAGCCAUAUGAAUACAAUCUUAAAAUAUCAUAAAAACAAUGCAAUUUAAGGCCAGGCAGCCCAACUCCUGCGAACAGCCCUUUAUUACAUAUUUGAAGCAUCUCUUGAGGCAUCAAAGUACUGUACAUGCAGGCACAUGGAAUUACAUACGAGUAUGUGACAUAAGCCCACCAUUGCACAACCCUGUCUGCAACAAUGCAAAUACAACAAAUGCCAAUACAAUCAAGCUGGAGACGGAUUUUAUUAGUAUUUUUAUAUAUACAUUAUGGCUCAUGUCUAAAGACACCUGCACUUUCAUAUUGAAAUUGUUCUAAUAUCAUCCAAACAAAACACAUCAGAAAACUGUAACAUCAGCGAAAUGAGCAAAUCACUUUUUUAACACAAUUUAUGGUAAAAUAAGCAACAUGUAAUAGUAUCUGAAACAAAACCAAAUCACAUAUUAUUCAAAAGUUGUAAACACUGUUGCAUAUAUGAUAUAACAAAAUAUCGUCGCAUUUCUAGUGGUAACUAACUAUAAAUUAUGCCAAUUUGAACUCGACUACGAAGAAUAUCAAAAACUAAAGGUCAUGUUUCAGUUUUAUAAACCCGGACUUUAGUUUUAUAAAUAUAAACAUUAUAAACGCUAUACGAAGCUAAAUAUGAAGGCUCAUUUUGCCCUAAAUACUCGGUUAGAGCCUCAGAGGUGUGUUCUAGUACACAAUUAAUCUUCUCUCACAGUUUAAAACAAACAAUAAUACUAACCUUCGACAGAUUGUGUAUAAAUCUUAUCGAAUUUAACCAUUUUGCCACAGAUUUUGCCAAAAAUAUUUCUUUGACGGACAAAGUAUUAAUAAUGGACACUCCUUGCGUGAAAAUGUUAAUUUAUCCCAAAGUUUGAAUAAAUUAAUCCAAGAUUGCAUUAUUUGCAUAAUAAUGUAUUUUCAUUGACCAAUCAGAAUACAUAGAACACCGGCCGGUGCCAGGGCCUUUUCCCGCCUUCCCAAUGACAAAAAGGGAAAAGCACUGGGAACGAGGUUGACUAUUUUUGUUUAUGUGCAAGAACUGCACGACCAAAUUAAAGUUGUAAACUUAUAUUUAUGAUUUUUCUAUGUUGGUGUAUUGUACUCAGGUGAAUAUGAUGCUUGUGAUGUUACUCUGAGUAUAUAUCCACACUGGGCGACCUUGAUAAAGAUGCCCGGCCACGGUGGGAAUCGAUCUACGACCUUUCAAAUACUAGCCCAAUGCACUGCCAACUGAGCUACGCGGUCAGGUCGUUUCGAGUGUGUGUGCGUUCAGGUCGGUUAGAAUGUAUUUAUGUUUUUGUGCAAGAAUUGCACCACCAAAGUUUGUGUUUGCCACUGGUCUAUAGUAGUAUUCCUGGAAUGUUGAUGCAUUGGACCAAUCAACCAUCUUCAAGAUUUAUUCAAUAGGCACGGAAGCAUAAGCUGUUGCGGAGGAUGAAGCAUCAUUUAAAAUAGAGGUUUCGACAGUAGCUUCAGCCAGCAUCUCCCGAAUCCAUCUAUCUAUGGUGGAAGGAGACAGGGACGUCGCUGUAGGGUGGGGUGGGGGGAGGGGGCGGGGCGGGGGGGGUGUAACAUACCCACAAUAAUUCAAACGUUGGUCAAACUUGGUCAAAAUGGAACAGGUAUUUGCCCAAAGUUGGUCAAAAUGGAAUUGUUAUUUGCUUAAAAUUGAAGGUAAAACUCGGAAAAAUUUGGGCAAAGUUUGGCAUAAAAGAUGGUCGAGUUGCUGAAAGUUAUGAAAUUGUUGGCAAUUUUAACAAUUUAAAGCUUUUGUUAUGUUUGCGGUUAAAAAAAUGGAAGCUUUUCUUAUCUUGGUGGGAAAAUAUUCAAUUUGCCUAUGUUAGUUAUGAAAAUUUUUUUUGACUAUGCUUAUGUUAGUCCCGAAAAUAUUUUUUUUGACAUUUUCCCCCAACAGCAUUUUCGGGAAAAAUUUGUACUACUUGGUCAAACCUCUAGGAAAUGUUGGUCAAAACAUGACGACUUCAAUGUUGUUGGCUUCGCGACGCCCCUGGAUGGAGAAUCUGGACGAUGAGGUUUGAUGCAUGUACGAGACAAGUAAGCUUUUAGCCUCACUCUCCGGUGUCGUCCGGAGUGUAGCCGUGGACGCUAUGUACAGCUUAAAACAGGUAACAUGACAUAGCUUUGUAUCUUCUGUGAAUAUGGGAACAAUGGCCGAGAUUGGUUCCUCAUGUCCAGUAGUUUCAGUUUUAAACAAUAUAAACGUGAGUCCUUCUGGUACCAGCCGAUAACGAUUCAAGUCCAAGUGUGCCAGAGAAGGAACUCUCUGAGGGAAUGUAAUGGCAAAUAUGGUAGCCAAUUUACAAGAAAAACGUUUCAAGUGAAGUUCAAAGUUAUCCUCCAUUUUAACCAAGUGGGAAGUCACGGUAGAUGUGUCCCAAGUCACGGAAUAUCUGGGUUCGGGAGAAAAGGGAGCUUUGGACGAUAAUCCGUCUCAAGAAUCUAUCACAAAGAGAUGCUGUCCCACUGGAGAACCAAAAAGCUUGGGGUGGGUAACAGAAAGUACACACCUUAGGACAUUGAGAAAUCAAUACUGAUGACCAUCAUCAAACGAGUCUGAUAAAAAGGUAACAAAGAAGGAGUAGAAGCCACCAAGGUUUGGUUGCCAAUCAAUACAAUUUCUGUUUUGUCGGUCACUAACUUGUUAAAUCUCGAUAUCGGAUUGAAUAAUGGAAAGGAAUGCAUUUCCCAUCCGAGUGGACAUUUUGAAAUCUAGCCUCCAGCUGAUGUAGGUUUGGAGCUGGUGAGUUAUUCCCGUGGCAAAAAGGUCUGUUUGACAAUGCUUAAUUAAGAAAUGAUCUUCUAAAGCUGCAAAAAUCUAGCAUCCAAUCAGUGAUGUCACAAAGAGUUGGGACGUUGGGAAGUCGAACAGUCUACAAGACUGUUCGACUUUUCUGGGAUAUGAUGUACUACUAAAAAUAGGUCUCUCUUUCACACAACCAGGUGAAUAAUGCGAGGGGUGAUAUUCAAACCGAAGGAGAGAGCUUGAAAUUUGUUUUCCCAAAUAAAGCGUAGCAACGUUGGAGAUUCUAGGUGGACUGCUCCUGAAAAGUAAGCAUCUUUUAUGUCUAGUUUUGUCAUGAAGUGACUAGUUUUAAGAGAGCCUUUAUUACUGAAAGAUGUUCCAUUUGGAAAUGGGAAAUUUUAACUGAUUAAGAGAGCUGAGGUCCAUCAUAGGGUGCAUGGUGCCGCUUUUAUUGGAGACUAAAAACAGACUGUUGUAAAAGUCAUCAUUUGUUAGUGCCACUUGACGAACGGCUCACAUGUUCAGAAGCCUUUGAAUUUCUGCCUUAGAAUUGCAGUUCACUCCCGUAACAACUGUGUAAUUGGAGGAGUUUUUUUUUUUAAAUGGAACGCGACAAAAGCAGAUUUUAAAACGUGACACAAUGUUUAAUAUUUCACGACCCGAAAUCAGUUCCUUCAACUGUUUCAUGUGCUUUGCGAGUUGGGCUGCGGUGUGUAGGACAACCGAGGGUUUGGAAAGAUAUUUUGCUUCAGACGAGGAAACUGAAAUUUCUGGUAUUUUGAUUUAUUGUACACUGAGUGGUUAAAUUUUGCAAAUCUGGGGCUUUGCGGUUUGGGCCUAGUGAAAACUGGUGCUAGUGUUUUGCUAAGCAACGUGGAAGUUGUUUUAAAGCAAUGGAUGCCAAAUACCAUCACCAAAUAACAGCUUUUCUGCAUUGUGAGGGGGUUGGUUGGCCAAAUCGAACUUUCCCUUGUUAAUAUAAGCAAGGACGUUUUUGCGGCGGGGUGGGUGGCAAAUGUUUAUUGACAGUUAUCUUCAAAUUUACAAGAUUCGCAGGUGAAUUGUUUUCAGGCUGAUCAUGUAGCGUUCAGAAUUGCACUGUCACGUUAAGUAAGGCCAACUCUUUUUCUUGUUCUUGGGCGAAUUUCUAAUUGUUUUGGAGAAUGCGAUGAGCCACUGACGAAUCAAGUGUUGGGGCCACAAGGGCCUCGAUUGAGAAACUGAUUGAGUUUCUAAAAUUUCACAAACCUGAUCAUAAGUCAAUUCUCUUUGAAAUUUUUCUCAAGAACUGAGGUAAAUACUUCCGAAGGUGUCCAUGUGAUGGCUAGAUCAUCACUCUCGUACAAAUGUGAGACAUGAUACUCGUUAGUGGGAUACACAAGUUGUGGAUCAGUUUCUUUUCUAGGUAUAUCUAUAUCUGGUGACUCAUGAGUCAUUUCUGCUUUUUAAUAGUCAAGUCUGGUGGCCCAAUUGCCAGAUGUGGUGGCUUAAAGCCAUACUUGUUGUCGUUGGGUCAUUUCUCUGACUGAUAGUGAGUCGUCUUCGUAUUCGGCGUCGACAAGGAAAUGGGUGUUUUCAGAGGCUGUUUCACACGAGUGAGUUUCAAGAGCAGUAAUCCAGGAGUUGGAAAUCGACAUGUCUGCCUUUCAAUGCGUAACAGGUUGUAGAAUUUGACGAAUAAUUUCAUCGUUUUCGUCAAGUUGGUCGUUGCCUCAGUUUCGGGUUGUUUGGACGACUUGCUCGUCGAUGCAUGAUUUUUCUCCCGAAUGGGAAUGUUUACGAGGGCGAUUGCUGCGCAUAGUUAAGCUCGAUGCUGUUUGAGCUAAAAUAAUUAUAUAGCUAUAAAAGGAAUGUAAAAAUGAUACAGUUUUACAGUAAUUAAUCACUUGUCUGCUCAUGUCUGAAGCACAAGAUCAGGGGCGGAUCCAGCCAAUAAUCUGACCGUAUCAUUUGGAAAGACCUCGCAUUGCUAGGGGGGUCCGGGGGCAUGCCCCCCCGAAAAAUUUUUGAAAUUUGAAGCCCGGAAACGCCAUUUCCUGCGUUCUGAGCGGCGUAUUUCGUCCUCAAAUUUCGGUCCUCAACAAAUAAACAUUUUAGACAAAAGUAACGAAAAACAAAGUUUCGUUUUAUUCCAAUUGCAAUACACUGCAGCUUUGUUCAUAUGGACGGUGAAGCAUUUGCUUUUGGAGUUUUGGUGGUUGUGAUAUUAAACAUCAACAGUUUGAGUUGGAUAGUAAGAUUGACUUGUAAGCCAAUUACCGUCGCUAAAGGAAACAUCAAGAAUUCGUAAUUAUGCGCAUUAUGCAUUGCUUCUUCAGUAGGCUAACUGCUGCUGUAUGAUCAUAUUUUCGAAAACUGACAUGGCAGUAUCAGACAAGCACUUUGCAAAGGCAAUUUUAAGCCAAGUGAACGCUCCAUUCUCAUCUGCGAAUUAACUACGGGAUGACCGGCAUAGUAUGGAGCAUGUUCAUGCAAGUCAGUACUGGGUGUAUCAUAAAAAGUAGACAAUUUUGAAACGGCUCUCAAUUUCAUAAAUCCGAUGUCAUUAAAUAUUUGAUAAAUAUAGAUUGUUUGGGUACUUAUAAUGUAGAAUAAUCAAGAAAUUUUCCUAAAGAUUAAUUUUCCAAAGCAGGGGACGUCUUUUUAGCAGCAUUAAAAAUAGCUUGCUUGUGAAAUUUUAAAGGUUAAAAUGCAUUUUGAGGUCAUGGACGAGAAAUUUGUUACGUGUUUUAUUAAAUGGUCCAAAUAUCAGAAAAUUUGCUCAAUUUUAAGUCCUUCAAAUAGGCGCUGAAACUUUCAUUUUUUGGCACCAAUGCCUUUCACGCAUGCUUAAUUAAUUCAUGCAUUUACCUAAUUCGUAUAUUGUUACUUGAAUUAAUUCACUUUUCUUUACAACACAGUUAAAAAAUCUAUGUUAACCCAUUACAGUAUUGUGCAACAUCUUUCCAAUGAUAACUAAAGUUACCCAAGAACCAGACAAAGUAAUGUAGCACAGAAUGUGGUAGUUUGGUGUGUAUUGUGACGUAUUACAGUAAUUGAGUGAACUAUCGUUUAUAUUUGCUUGCAUGGCCAAUCUUCACAUGGUUCAUUUGAGUAACAGCUAUAUAAGACAAUGGGGGAGAUGCAGGCUUUUAGCCAGGAUCCUAAAAGAGGGCGUCCCAUUUGGUACGAUACAUCUUCAGUAAGGGGGGGGGGGAUGGAGAAGUUUAUGUUACUUCAUAUCAGUAUCUGUUCCAAGCUCGUUCGAAAUUUUUCAAACACACUUGGCUUUGUGAGUACUGAAUUUGUGCUGCUAUGCUUCUUUACUUAAUUAUGACAUUUUCAUUCAGCCAGGUACUCCAUCAAAUUGAUCAAAAUGUCAAAAGUAUAAUAAUAAUGAGAAUUGAAGCUAUUUUGUUUCAGAUAUAUUAAUAUACUUAGGGAAAUCAUUGCAAAUAAUUUCCCUUUUCCCCCAAAAUUUGGGUGUCCAAAGGCGUCCAUUUUUUGUUCUAUGGGUGUCCCAGGACGCCUGGACACCCUAGGCAAAAGCCUGGGGUGAUGUGGUGACUACCCAUAUUACCACCCAGUUGUCAGAAAUCUUAAUUCUUUAACCUAUUGAGAGCCAGCACUCUCCCCUUGACAAGUAAAAUCAUCUGGUGCUAGACAGAGUAAAAUAAUAAAGUAUGGCACUUUAGGCCUCAUUAAUUUAAUUUAAUUUAAUUUAUUAACUUUACCACAUUCAAACAAUUAACGUUAACACAAAAACUGGUCUACUUACAGGGCAAUCGCAACAGCUUGCGCCAAUUACUGCGAUCCCUCAAUGUUAGACAAAUACACUAUAUAUGUACAUAGAAAAAAUCAAUUACUAACAAACUAUCAGAUUCAACUUUUCACAUUGUGGCCCGCAGGACCACUUCUAAUUAGAGCACACUGCAGCUCAAUGAAUUAAACUUAUAUGUAUAUAUAUAUAUAUAUAUAUAUAUAUAUAUAUAUAUAUAUAUAUAUAUAUAUAUAUAUAUAUAUAUAUAUAUAUAUAUAUAUAUAUAGCCUACGGUACCAAUUUAUAGCUUUCAAUCAGAUGUAAAAAUAGAAAAAAAAAAUUUUUACAGCUUUGUUACACACAUAGUUAUUCAAUCACCAUUUAAAGACUUUCAGGAAUUAUUUGGGGGAGGGGCUAAUUGGCCCCCUUGUAUGCACUGAUAAUAAGAAUAUUUAUAUCAGUAAUCUGUAGUCUCAGAUGAUAUUUCCCCCAUUUCCAUGAUUGUUUAAGUGCUCAUAACUGUAAAAGUGUGGUUGCAACUUGCUUUCAAGUGUUUAAAGGCUCAAUGUUAUAUUGCUCCAUAAUAGGGCUUUUUGCUUGACAACCUGCCUAAAGCGCCUGAUUCACAGUUAGUGAUUUUGUUAACGAAUUUCUCAUCCUGACAGAUUCAAAUGAGUGGGCUUGCAUACAAUUGGUUUUCACAAGUAUACGUUUCCAUGUCUUUUGCAUGUUACUCACCCAGUGGUCUCCCCCUUAGCAGGAGAAAUAUUUGCCGAAAAAGAUUUGCUGGUUGAGAACCUGAAUUAAGAUCAUCUCAAAACACGUCUCAAUGUGAAGAUGGCUCACCUCCAUAUAAACACAUCCUAAUUUUAUCCAGUAAUUAUUGACACAAUAAUUUAUAGGAUAUUCAAUAUAUAAGUUAAACAUGCCACCAUACUGCAUAUUAUUAAUAUCACCAAAAUAUUUACAAAUAAAGUAACAUUGAAUUUGUAAAUAUUGCAUUGCCGGUAAUGGUAUACGCGCCAUAUUAAACUAAUGCAUAUAUGUCAACCAAACGGUAUUGUCGUUGACAAUACGAGUCUUUAAUUCAAAAAUAUACCAACCAGACAUGCAGUUACAUGUAAUAUUAUUUCACAUUGUAACUUUAUCACAAAGAAAUUAAAUUAAUAUAUACUAGUGAAUCGACUGGAUAAAUAAAACAUUGUUCAUGAAUCAUGAUGACAUGUUUGCAUGAUAACAUUCGGUGCUCAGCUAAUAUUUCGCUGUAAUAUAUUCGAUCACAAUAAAUUUACAUACACACUUUGCAUACAGAUACAAGUUAUAAAUAUUAGAAGUCAGAUUCAGUCUCACCUUGCAGGUAUUAAAGCAUAAGCGCAGGUCUAUCUUUCUAGACGUUCGUAUAUGUUUUCUAUUCCAACUUCGCUUGCUGUCUUCCCGACCACAAUGUUGAUUCAACAGUUCCGCUUGAAACUUAGUUUCGUACUAGAAGGCAUGCACGAACAAUGCACAGUGACAAGUUUCCGAACUGUUCCCGAUUUAACCAUUUCCAUAAUAUUGCGCAACAAAAACAUGGCCACCGUGUCGCACCGUGUCUCACGUGACAAAAUCUCGGCCUGUGAUUGGCUUGACACGCUCCACCGUGUCAAGAAGUUACUAUAUUUAGUAACAGCAGAACCGCGGACCGUGUCUCAAAAUCGCAGUCGCAUUUGACGAACAUUUUCCGAACUUAAAAUGAUCAACUUCGAGUAGUUCUCGGUUAUCGUCGUGGCAAACAUUUAAUAUCCAGCAAGUGCGGGGUUUUCCCAGUGGGUUUUCCCAAUGUUUUGAACCUUUUACAGCACAGGAAUUACAUCUUUUGAGAUAUUUACGUUUUUAUGUCGCGAUUUUGUAAUUUUGUUUGAAAAAACCCAGUAAUACGUAACGCUGGAGCAGGAGUAUAUAUCUGUUUGAAGUUUUAAUGUUUGGGACAUUUAUACGUAUAAAUAACGAUCGCUUCCGUCCUUAUAGACCAAUUUAGAAAAUAUGACGAUCUCAAAAAUCUGACCGUGUCUCAAGCCACGCUUGCUACCCCCUGGAUCCGCCCCUGAAGAUAAAAAGUCACUGGAGCAUCAUUGGAAGAGUGUUCCUACGACAACCGUUAAAGGGCGCGAGAUUUGAAAUGGUCGAAUUACCCUAGUGUUAAAAUGCGGCCCGAAGAAAGGAAAAGACGAAGUCAUACCACUUGUUGUCUCAUAUAUUUCGACUGGAGUUUAUGAAACAUAUUUGUUAAAUAUCACGUGCGUGCGUUGGUCUGGUUGUAAUAGUUGGUAAUAAGUGUGAUAAUGUUGGUAAUUGUUUUAUUAUAAAUAUUACAAUCGGGAAAGAUACAGAAAACAAAAUAUUUAAAGAGAAUUAAAUAAUAAAUACUCGCCCAAGAUUGUUUGGCUUUGUUUUCAUGAUCUGUUUGUUUUCGGACAAGAAUUUUGACAAUUCCCUGUGUUUCGGGUGGAAGAUUUCGUUCGCUUUUAUACAACCUUUCGACCGCACUGGCGACCGUGCUCCGAAGUUCCACACGAUAGCAAUAUUGUGACAGUUGCUGUAUAUAUUGAGACUUAUAGCAAGGGGUUGUUGACAAAUCAGGAACUAGAAUAAAAUAUGAAUGUAUAAUGAAUAAAUUAGGUAAUUUAACCGGUAAAUAACUUUGAGAAUAAAUUCAUACACAUUUCCUUUCACAGUAAAUCUGCAAGUUAGCACUUAUUGGUAGAUACAUUACACUGAUACUUUAAUCGGUAAAUUGAAAGACAGUAAUUCUGAGCAUAUAUAUAACAAUGAUCGUCAUAAUUAUUUUGUUCACUCCUUGUUAGGUCAAUCAAAACCAUUUCCUGUCUUUUGCAACAUGGAAGCUGGAGGUAAUUAUCCGUCUCGGCAGCCCAGAUAGGCCUACGAGAUACAAACGUCCUGCUGAGCAGUUAUUUAUUGAUUUAUUUAUACAAGAUAAUAAUAUUAGUGAAUAAAAUUGAAGAUGGCGAAGGCUAUUUACGCCAAUUUCGUAUUUUGAAAAUGUAGGCCUAGGUAUAUUUUUCGUUCUAAAUUGUACAUGCAACCCAGCAAUCAUUGUCGGAAAGAAAACGAUCAUUUGUAGUUGUAGAACAACAAUAAUUCCACUAGAACCGUCUCGAGACGCAGCGGAUGAGUAAGAAGGUAGAAAUCUGCAAUUUGCACUUCGACUUGGUAUAUGAUCGAACUCCUUCGUUUUAUAGAGUAUUUUAAAAUGUGCCGGCACAAAUGCAAAACGGGUCUGUGAGCGACGAUUGCCUGUGCCUGCGCGACGUGUGUCUGUGCCACUGUGCCAAUGAACUUACGAGAUUGAUCGUUUUGAAGCUAUUUAAAACAUUCGCAGUGAGUGUUUUAUCAGACCUGAAGAUAUUCCGCUUCGUCUCGCAUCUUUAUAUCUGUUAAAACACUGCUGCUCAUGUUUUAAAGAGCACUUAAACUAUUUAACUUAAUAAUCUUUGGAAUAAAAUCAGUUCGAAUCAGACAGUUUGGCUCUUGUAAAUCCAAUUUUUUUAUAUUUAUUGAAUUUACAGGCUGGACUUUGGUAUUUAAGCUCAUAGCGGGAAUCUCUGGAGGACCAGCAAAAACUUGGAGAAUGCCGUUCCCAACCUACGAAUACUCGCUGGCAGCUCUUAAUACAAAUAAUGAUUUUAAACAUCAUUACAAAAACCGUCUUGUUCAAAACUGGAGUGUGUUCAAGCCAUCGGAGGUAUGACUGAACCGAUAUAUAUAUAUAUAUAUAUAUAUAUAUAUAUAUAUAUAUAUAUAUAUAUAUAUAUAUAUAUAUAUAUAUAUAUAUAUAUAUAUAUAUAUAUUGUUAGUAUUUAUUGAAAUAUAUAGUUUUUGUUCCAUUAUGACCAUUUGUUUAAAUUUAAUAGCGUUUUAGCGUUUUUAAAAGCCUGUUAAAUCGAGGAUUGAGUGGCUUUAUUCUUUAAAAGAUACUUUUAUCAUCAUAUUUUUACAUUAACUUAUUAAUAUAAUGUGUAACAAGUGAACAGACACUUCCGGGCCUGGACAAGUGGACAUGACGAAUCCUUGAUGAGCAGCGUGGCGAUCAAAAUGACGUAUAAAAAUACAGGGAAUUUUUAAAAUAUUGUUUGUAUAAAUGACAUAGGGAAACUCAUCAAAUAUUUGGACUACGGACCUUCAAAUAUAUGCCAAGUAUUUAUCUGAUUCAUUAGCUGAAUAACUGUUUCUUCGCUCGUUUUAAAUUUUCGUCAAUUUGGAUAUUUGGUCGAUCUCAUGAUAGAUAGAUACUGUAAUUUGUCAACAUUGUGUUGCAGCUUGUAGACAUGAAUAUUUUCGUUUGCGGUCUGACAAUAACACUUCUCUUCAUUGUUUCUAAUCCUUGAAUAACAACUUAUUCCUUGGUCUCGGAGUCCUAACUUAAGAAAUGUGGAUGACUUUGGUUGGAACAUGUUCAAUGUUUGUGUUCAGAUAUCAAAAUUUAUGUCCAAGUGAACUUCGUUGUGUACACUUCAUCUGGCUCACUAGUCACAAUUGGGUCAAAUGGUGUAUUAUAACACGAUUUUUGGUCUAGUGAGCUGGUUGGGACAGCUUAUGACCUUUAGUGUGAGACGACCAGUGCAGGAUAUCAAGACUUGCUCAAGAAGAAGCUGGACCAGUCUGGAUUGUGUGGAUCCAAUCUCAAAAAUAUACGAAAUUAAUAUAUGAGGUAGGGCAGGUAUAUAUUUAGCCCAUAUGAAUGGGCAAGAAAAGAUUGCUCUGUGUAAUAUCAUACUACAGUACCUGGUUUAUUCUACAAGAUUAUUUCUAAAAUGUUCCGAUUGUAGUUUCAGGAUAUGUUAAGGGUCUGUUUAUACGAUAUGGGCUUGGCAACAUUGAACCCUGAAGGCAAGUUCAUGGCACGCGCAUUGUUGGGAUAGCGUGCUUACUGUAUAUGGUGAAUUUUUGGCUUGCAUAGUUGGGCUUGUGGCAACGGAUUCUUCGUGCUUAAAUUAAGCAGUAUAUUAACAGGAUAGGAUAUCAACAAUACAGGCAAAUGUCGUCUCUUCCUAACCAGGUCAUAAGAACAGGUCCAAAUUGUGACUAGUGAGCCAUAAUAUAAGUAAGAAACAAUGAGCGUUCUAUGUCCAUAAUUUUUUAUAUUUGAACAGAAUUUUGACAUCUGUCCCAAAGACAUCGAUCGAUGACGAAUCAUGUCUCCACUUACUGUGCGUGCCCUUUUGAAUGCGCCAUUUUGAAUUUUGGCCAGGAGUGCAAACUACAAAGUAUAAACAAAGCUAAAACUACGUUUUCGUCAUCAAAACGUUUUGUCUUGUUGUCUUAUUUGUAGUUUGAGGAUAGAUCUUGAGUUCCUUGAAGGCACAAACUGUCAAAGCAAAAUGUGCAGUUACAAAACGGUGGAAAUCGUGCAGCCUUGUAAAAAAACAAAGUACCUGUAGUUUCGCGGAAAUAUAAUUUACUCAUAAAACAUUUUUGUUUCUCGACGCAAGCUUCUCGACUUUUGCUAAUAUCUUAUAAGAUUACAAAAUGAUAGUUCUUUCUUCGUCAGGUGACGUUUUUCUUCAAUGUAUACGAAGUGUUUUCAUGUUCUUGAAACAAAAAUAUUUAGUUGUCGAUAUUAAACAGUAAAUUGCCUAAAAAUAAUCGUCGAAAACUAUGGUUUCAAAAGCGUUACCUCAACUCUCAAGCUCAAGCAACGUAGAAAAUAUGAAACGUGAUUGUGUAUAUUUUGUAUAUUUUUACAUUAACUUAUUAAUAUACUGUGUAAGAAGUGAACAGGCACUUCCUGGCCUGGACAAGUUGACAUGACGAAUCCUUGAUGAGCAGCGUGGCGAUCAAAAUGGCGUAUAAAAAUACAGGGAAUUUUUAAAAUUUUGUUUGUAUAAAUGACAUAAAGAAACUCAUCAAAUAUUUGGACUACGGACCUUCAAAUCUAUGCCAAGUAUCUAUCUGAUUCAUUAGUUGAAUAACUGCUUCUUCGCUCGUUUGUCGUCGAUUUGGGUAUUUGGUCGAUCUCAGGAUAGAUAGAUACUGUAAUUUGUCAACAUUGUGUUGCAGCCUGUAGACAUGAAUAUUUUCGUUUGUUUGACAAUAACACUUCUCUUCAUUGUUUCUAAUCCUUGAAUAACAACUUAUUCCUUGGUCUCGGAGUCCUAACUAAAGGAAGGUGGAUGACUUUGGUUGGAACAUGUUCAAUGUUCGUGUUCAGAUAUCAAAAUUUAUGUCCAAGUGAACUUCGUUGUGUUCACUUCAUCUGGCUCACUAGUCACAAUCGGGCCAAAUGGUGUAUUAUAACACAUUUUUGGUUUCAAAAGCGUUGCCUCAACUCUCAAGCUCAAGCAACGUAGAAAAAUAUGAAAAGUGAUUGUGUUUAUUCUGCAUGUAUUCUGUCCAGAACUGUUACUUUUCGUAAAAAAGCCCACUGUAAUGGGUUUCUAGACACUUUUACUUCUUUACAAACCGUUCUUCUCCGUUGAAGUCUCGAUAUAAAAUUGUUGCCAACUUUUCAGUUGAAAACAACAAUUCGCACUCCCUGCAACCGCGUGAAAUUCCCCGCCUCAGGAGUCUUGGCUUCGAUUACUUUUGUUUUAUUUGCCUUGAUCGCGUUAAGAGAGUUAUUUUUCAAGCCGCCUGGUGGAUAGCCAAAAGAGUUAACAUUAACGUCUGUAUGGUUAUUUGACAAAAUUUCAGCUAGUUAAAGAUUGUCAGUUUGGCUUUCGCAAAUUUCAAUCAACAGGUACAGCGUUACUAGACUGUACUAAUAUUUGGUAUAUGAAUAUUGACAAAUAAUUAUUUAACUUAGUUGUAUUAAUUGACUUAAAAAAAGCAUUUGUUACUGUCGACCACCAGAUUUUGCUAAAAACACUCGGACUUUAUGGCAUAAAAGGAGAUGCUUUGGCUUUACUAAAAUCGUACUUGAUGAAUCGCACUCAGAAAUGCCAAGUAAAUGGAACUAUUUCAUCGGAGCGGUUUAUUAAGUGUGGUGUUCCACAAGACUCUAUUUAGGGCCAUUAUUCUUUUUAUUAUAUAUUAAUGACUUGCCUCAGUGUCUAAACAAAUGAAAACCUCGACUGUUUGCUGAUGAUACAAACCUAACAGCUGCGGGAGAAUCUCUAAAUGAUGUUGAAGCUGCAAUGAAUUCUGAUUUAGAAAACUUUAGGAAAUAGUCCACAUGUUGUGGCACAAAAAAGUUCAGUUUUAUUAAGCACGUCUUAGAUCUGAGAAUUUUUUUCAAAACUUACCAUUUUCGAUCACGCUGAUUCCGAAUCUGAAGAGUUCCCAAGUCGUACACCCCCAGUCUUUUUGUAUUUUCCAUUUUAAACCACCAUUCAUGGAAAACAACUUGCGCCAUCUUUAAUUUAUACCGUAGCCUUUUACAAAAUUCCAUACAUGGCCAGAAAUGGAGGACAUCAAGCGGUCGGGCGUGCGGGCUCAUGUUUUCUUGAUAAUUCAAUGCACCGUACAGAUCAGUGGUUCGGUUUUGGCAAAAUGGCUGUUUAUUUUUACUAGUAUAGCUCAGUGAGUUUUACCGAGAACUAAAUAAUCUGAGCACGGCAGAUUUAUAAAUUGAAAAUAAGAAGAGAUAAGGUAAUGAAUGGCUUUCAACACAUAAUUUCCAUUGCAAACAAGUAUACAUAGGGCGCAAAGCCAAAGGCGGAAUAUCCGACAUUGCAAAUACAACCAGAUAUAUAAAAAACAAGCAAAAUUAUAAAAUAUAACAAACUUUACGCCAACCGAGUCUUGAUCGAUGCUCAAAUUUCAAAAGUCUACCAAUGCUCAAUAGUUAUAAAUGUUUUGAAGUCGGCAAAUCAAAAUUAUUACGAAAUCCCGCGAAUUUUAGAAUGUUUACGAGACUACAGCCUAAGUUGACAGCGGUUAAAACCAUUGUAACGUAGCAACAGCUUUAUAAAAGCAAUGGCGGACAACAAAUAUAACUCUUGGUGCGAAAUUUGUGAUAUUUUUGUUCAAAAUACGGUGCAUUUCUCAUCACAAUUGGAAAGACACCUCUCUACAAAAUACAUGCAAUUCAUCGCUUUGUGGAACAUACUAGUGUAUACUUUUACGCUUCAUACAAGUGACAAUAAUAAAGAGGAAUACUGUACGAAGCAAUUCAGAUAUGCACAUUUGACGAUAUCUGUAAAGAACGAGUUGAAAUUGGACCUGCAAAAUACCGAAUAUGUCGAAAUCACAUACUUUCCUAUGCAGAGACUAGGCAGAGAUAUUGAUUGCUCGGGAACAUACUUAGACAACUCGAGUGGUACCAAUUUUUUUACGGAUAAAAGUUGGACAGAAUUGGUGAAGUUUGAGAUAUGCACAUUUUGGAUUUCUUAACCAUAAGUUAUCAAAAAUACAAAUAUUACAUUAUUCCCAUUCAAAUUAUAUAAGAAGACGCCAUUUUGAAUAUUUAUUUUGAGUCAAAAUGCGCAUGCUUGGCAGCCAUGUUGGACUCCAUUUCUGGCCAUGAGUGACACAUUUUUAAAUUAUACAACAGUCCAUCAAUUUAAUGACCAGGUAGCACUUUUGAAUGAUAGAAUAUAAUCUUCCGGAUCUCUAUACCGAACUGGAUAACCCGUUCCAACCUUAUUAUUUAAAGAAAACAACCUUGAAAAACAAGAAAAUGUAGGGUUUUAACUAUUUUUUUAAAAAAAUGGGCUUUAAAAUGAAUAAGUUUGAAUAUGUAGUGACUUCUUUGAAGUUUUCCGCGUAAUAUGGGAGAUAGCGAGGGUAGAUCAGCUUGCAUCAUCCAUUUUGACGGAAAAUUUGUGCCAAAAAAAGACUAUCUAAUGAAACUUUGAAAACUAUAUGUUUGAGAAGUGAGCAAUGGGUUGCUCUUCCAGGCAACGAGUGCCACGACAAGCAAAAGAAUAUUGCAAAUCAGUCUUUUGAAUUUAUACCUGACCACGUUAAAGAUAUUCAGGAGUUACAAGAGCCUGCAUUUUAUCACAUGUCUAGUUAUCGAAGUUUUACUGAUGUCACUAAAUUGCAACGAGCUAAAAAUUCUACCGAAAAGAGAAUUUCUGCAGGUCUUACUCAAAAUAUUAAACCAGAAAGCAAAGAUACGGAGGAUAGUGGCCCUAAAGAAAAGAUACGAAGGUCAAGAAGACCGAGAGAUCAAAAUGGCAGAAACGAUGCUAACAUUUCUACUCGAAAGUCAUCGCAUGUUCUUCCGGGAUGUUGCUUAAUAUGCAAGAACCGGGACCAAUAUAUGUCACUGAUCCAGUAAGUAUACUAUUCAAUGAAAUGUAUAUGCGUUUAUAAUACCAUAUUCCAACUAUUUUGUCUACUUGUAGAAUACGAAGAAAAGGAUGAAACGGGGCCUUUCGCUUGCACAGACAAUUACCGCUGGACGUCUUCUAACGGCAGCAGAAGUAAAAAAUGAUGAGAGCGUUUUGGUCCACAUACGUGGGCAGGACUGUGUUGCUGUAGAAGUAAGAUAUAAUCGGAUAUGUUAUUACAAGUAUACAAAGAAUGUUUCAAAUAUGGACAAGGCAAAGACAAAUUUAGGAGCUUCAGUCUACGACAAGGCAUUUGAUGCUAUUUGUACUACUGUAAUAGAAAAGAGAAUUAUAGACGGUAAGGAAAUAUUCCUGUUGAGUAAUAUUUUGAAGAAGUUCAAAGAAGCUGUGAUUCAAAUUGAUGUUGAUUCAGAUAGUAAUGUCCCAUGCCAAUAGUCACGAUUAAAGAAAAGAAUUGAAUCGCGCUAUCCCAAAUCAAUAGUGUUUCAUGCGUCUAAAAGCAGAAACAUAGGAACACUAGUUUAUUCAGCUGACCUUGUUGCUGUAGAAAUAGCAGAUGAUGCCAUGGAAAUUGAUCAAACUGGCAGCAACGAUGAUGAAAACGAUGACUGCUACGACGAGGUGGGUAGAAAUAAGGAAGAUAUGGAAGCACGUCAAGUGUUCAAUGUCGCAAUGGAAAUGAGAGGAAUAUUUAGAGAUGCCAAAGGUGUGGCAGAUUGGCCACCUGAUGCUACCGAUUUGAGUCUUGCAAAUGCACUUCAAUCUAUACCUCACCAAUUAUUUAACUUUAUUGCAUGGAUGGUUGGAUUUUCUGAUGAACCAGAAUUGCAACAUAAAGUUAUCAUACCGCAUGAUCAUUCCUGCAAGGUUGCUUCAAUAUGCCAAGAUUUGAUUUAUGCUGAGGCAAAAGGAAGAAAACAAACACACAAAUCAUUGGCGCUUGGCAUGACUGUUCGCCAGUCAAAUGGAUCAAGAAAGCUGAUCGAUAUUUUAUAUGGACUUGGACACGCUGUUUCGCCGACACUGUAUGUACACGUGAUUCAGCACUGGCUACACUUCAAACGUCUGACUCUGUGAUCAUACCAUGAAAUGCGAAUGAUGGCGUGUUUAGUACAAUAGUAUGGGACAAUAACGAUUUCCUUGAAGAGACAGUGACCGGCAAAGGUACAACACAUGUUGUAAAUGGAAUCGUUAUCCAAAAGGGGGCACCUUCACAUCGCGAUAAAUAUCUUGUAAGUAAAAAGGUCCGUAGAAUAAAGGUUCCUGCCACCGACAUUGAACCGUAUUUCAGUGCAAAGAAAGGUCUUCCAUCGUUAAGGCAACAUAAUUCCGAUGACGAUUUCGAGAUUCAGGAUGAUGAUUUCCUUCAAAUCCCAGGGAGAAAUCUGGACCAAGCGUUUGUGAUAUGUCGAAUAUUCUCAACCUAUAUUGGAUGCGUUGUUCCUGGAUGGACAGGAUUCAAUACAAAGCUAGUCCUAGGGACUCCAGCAUUAUCAAACAUUGGCUAUAUUCCAGUAAUUGACAACCCUGUAACAGAUUUGGCUACAAUCAACGCAAUUUUGAAGAAGAGCGUUUCUAUUUGUGAACGUAUGCAAAUUCCGGAAAUUGUGGUUGUACCAACUAAAGUCACGUGCACGUUAGCUGCAAAAGAACUAAUUACUGCAAAUACAAUGUCUUCAACAAAGGCGUCUCUCUAUAGAAUAGCAGCUAUUAAUGAAUAUAUCAAAAAUACUAAUUCACAUCUCUCUUUUUAGAAAAAACGCAAAAUUAUAUUAUUUAGUACAUGAUUGGUGUAAAUAUUGUAAAUUACUCUGAACUAUAAUUAUCUCUUUUGUCUUUUCACUAUUAUUUCUGUUUAUAUAUAUAUAUAUAUACGUAUAUAUAUAUAUAUAUAUAUAUAUAUAUAUAUAUAUAUAUAUAUAUAUAUAUAUAUAUAUAUAUAUAUAUAUAUAUAUAUAUAUAUGUAUAUAUAUCGUUUUGUGGGCAAAUAAAUAUCUAUCUAUCUCUCUAUUAUUUUCGAUGAGUUAAAGCUCUCCAAUGAGAGGUAAUGAGGUACGCUUUUGUCCGCUAAAUAUCCACGGGAAAUUUAGGAUUUUUAUGUCUUCUAAUUUUCCCUCAUAGAGCAUGCAGGGUCAAAUUAGAAGACAAAGAAAUAAUUUGUUUUCAACGAAAUUUUCCUUGGAAAUUUAGAAGGCAUAAGCGUAUAUACAUGAAAAUCGAGGUGAUCAUAAUAAUAUAUCAGUAAGAUACUUUUUGUUUUCUACAAGUGACGAUAGUCCAAAAAUACCGAUUUAAAUCGUGAAUUUCCCUUUUUUUCUUAGAACUGUAAAUUGAACUGUAUUAAAUAAAAGCUAAAACUUCUAGGAACUUUUACCUGAAUAAAUGCAAUAUAAUAGAAAGUUUUCUGCGCGGUUAAAAUUUUAGUCGAUUGAAGGUAUUGUUUCAGUUCUAUUCAUUUCACUGUUAUUCCAGUUCUAUUCAUAUUCAGUUAUAUAUUGAUUUAGUUUUCCAUUUUUAUUCAUUCCCAUUCCACCUAGCCACCCCGUUUCGCUACUCCUGCUUUCUAUGGAAGUACUACAAAGUUUUUGCAAAAACAUCAAUCUUCAUAGGUCUAAACUUUCUAUUUUUUUAGGCUAGAGUGGUUUUGUACAAAGGUGGCAAAGAAGAGGUUGUGCUGAGGUUCAAUGCUGCUAACAGCAACAAUGUGGACUGGUUUUCUGCUGCAAAAGUUUUUGAAUCACCAUGGCAAGAUAUCUUAAGCGAGAAAAAGAACUACUUUACUGUUGGUGGUCCAUGCUGGUCAACAGGUUGCAGAGAUUUUCACAUCAAUAACGCUUACGGUGGCUGUCCUGCAGAUGAUGGUUGGCUCUCUGUUGGAGAAAGCGCUUCAUGCAAAUGGGAAAAAAGAUUCCCAGCUGGAGUGAAGCUGAUCUACAGUAAAGUUGCUACUCACGUCAACUACAAUACCUUCA